GUAGACAGGCGGGUUGGUUGGUGGACGAGCUUUUCUUUUCAGUCCUCCGCGCCGCGGGGCUUCUGCUCCACCCCGGCCCGAACCUGGCGGCUUCAAGUUGGACGGAAUUCGGGUGCGGGAAGAAACUCUGGCCGCUCCGAGAGCUUUUCUGAGGCAGCGGCUACAGAAGUAGCAGGAAGGGGAGGAGGAGGGCUGGAACGGCGGGGCGAGGUGGAAGUUUAAUGAAGACAGCUUACAAGUUUAUGGAAAGAUGGUUAGAUCACGGUCAAGAUCACCACGAUGGAAACGAAGAUCUUUAUCACCAGUCUUCAGACAAAGGCAUUAUCACAUUGAUUAUGACUCUGAAUAUAAGAUUUUCCAAAAAGACUCAAAGAAACUUAUAUCUUGGAGAAUGGAAGAGGCAAAACAUGGGCAAACCAAUCCCAGAUAUAUACCACAUGAAACUAACUAUCAUCGAUUUCAUGAAUCCAGGUCAUAUUCCCCUUCUCUGAAAAGAAACCCUUCAGAAGACAUUGAUAAUCAUAAAUCUUUUAGAACAUAUUCACCUGAAAGAAAUGAAAGUAUCAGAAGAAACCAAUUUAGUUCCAGAUAUUUAGAAAUGUCUCACAAAGAACACCAUCAGUCAUUUUAUCCAUCUAAAGUACAUGUCAGAGAAAUGCAUGAAGAUACUCGAGCUGUUGGAAACACAAAAGAAAUGAAGACGUAUCAUAGGCCAUUAAAGACUUUAUGUAAGUUUGAAGGGAAGUGGAAUGAAAAUGACUUGAGGCACCACCAAUUGCAAGAAGAUGAAUAUGUUCUGUCAUCUCGAAGAUUUUCUAAUGAAUGCACGCCAAGGAGUUCUUCCAAGAAGAGGUAUCCUGACCGUGAUUACAGAGAAUAUGGGCCCAGCUCUAAAAAGGUGAAUGAAAUGGAGAGGUAUGAUAGAGAAUCCACAAGCAGUUCCAAAUGGAAGCAAAACUAUUCUUCUUCCAAUCAGAAAAAGGAAGAACAAAGAAAUCUUGAAGAUCAGUGGCAUACUGAAAUUGGAUACAGUAAUAAUUGUGAUGCUAAGGUUACAUAUGAGUAUUCUCAUAAACGUCAUAGACAUCCAGAUGGAGAAAAAUAUUCCUCUGAUGAAAAAGCAGAGAAAUAUGUCAAGUUGGACAAAGAGAAAUACAGCUACUGUAAAGGAGUUUGGAAUAGUAAAUAUUCAGAACCUUAUAGCAGUGACAGGGCAAGCCGAAUGGGACAGCCUCACACUGAAGUGGCAGUGAAAUAUAAUUCAGGGAAAGGCCAUAAUUCAUGUGUGAAAUCCUUAGAUCAAAAUGAAAAAGAACGAAUACCGAAAGAUUUGGAUUUUAGGGGAAGAACAGAUUUUUCCAGCAACUACCAGCGUGAUACUGGUAGUUCAGAUGUCCAUGCUAGGAAAGAGAAACUCACUGUCAAAGUGGAUAUGAAGAAAACAAUACAUAAAUACAGGGGAGCUUCUGGUCGUAUCACGGAAAGGCAGACAUCAUGUGACCUAGUAGCUGUGGGUAAAAAACCUGAAAGUUUUCAUCCUGUAUUUGAACAUAUAAAAUCUGUGACACAGAAGGUAGAACAAAACCCAUCAAAAGAAUUUGCUCAGGAAAUCAUCACAAUUAUCCACCAAGUUAAAGCAAAUUAUUUUAAAUCUUCUGACCUAACUUUAAAUGAGCGCUUCUCAAAAAUACAAGACAUAUCAGGGAAAAAUGAAGUUAAACGGCAUUUGGAUCCAGAGAUUCACAGGAGGAUUGAUAUGUCUCUGGCAGAACUUCAGAACAAACGAGCUAAUUCAUGUGAGUCUGGACAGAAUGUUGUGAGAGUUCUAGAGGACCCAAAUGAUUUAAGACAUGACAUAGAGAGGCGAAGAAAACAGAGACUGAAGAAUGAAGAUGAAAAUAUAUUUUACAUUAAUAUCCCACAAAGGCAUGCACAAAAUAGGAGCUUUGUAAAGCUUCGGAAUGCUCAAACAUACAAAUACCAGAAAUCACCAAGAUUCCCAAGUCAGCCUUUCAGAAAAUUUAUUAAGAAACCAUACAUGAACUAUUAUACUGAAAAUUCACAUGCUGAUAUUGCAAUCAAUCGAUUUAAAAGACGAAUUGAAAAUCCUGAAACAGUUCAAAGACCCACCAAGUACAGUUUUAUUGAUGGGCGCCCUCACUUCAGAUCAAAUUUAGUACAAAAGGGCUUGAAUAUACAGGCUAAAUAUCAGCGGUUACGUUAUGCUGGUGCAAGAGGAGUUACCACUUACAAAAUCAGAGAAGAACUUUUGCGGAAACAGUAGGAACUGGACAUCUGAACUUCAGUGCUGAAGUAGAUAACAAGAUUAAUGAUAGAAGUAACUGCAUUAAAUAAUGCUAUCAAGAAUUGAAAUGGAAAAAUAGAUCUAAUACUUUAACUUUUCUUGAUAAAGAUAAUUUUAUUUUUAGUAGUAUAAUGUUGCAGGUCUUUUCUACAGUUAUAAUACUGCUUUUCAAAAAUAGCUUUCAACUGAACAUUGUAGGAUUGUCAUUUUGUUUCUUGUAAAGAGAAGUCGGGGAGGGGGGAAUCCCACCGAAGGAAAUCUUUAUUUAUUAUCAUUUUUCCUCUAAGCAUGUUUUUGUUGCUAGGAAUUAUUAUACAUAAAGUUUAUAUGUUUAAAGUUUAUUUGCUUAAAUAAUAAAAAAACAAAACAAUUA